CUUCCCUUCUCCUUUCUUUCCUUCCUUCUCUCCUUGGAGGACGGAGCAGCUAUGCCUUCAAAGGAGAAGCUCUGAGUCCCCCUGCCUGGGAUGAAGAGGAAGGAGAGGCGGAGAGAAGGGAGGAAGGAAGGAAGGAGGGGCCAGCUGCGCCUCCUCGCUCUCCUUCUUCUUCUCCAUCUCUUCCUCGCCACAAGGCUUGCUGCAGACAACAAAAAUGAAUUGGGGCCACAUAUGUGAAACCUUUCUCACUGGACUGCUGUCCCCUGCAAAUACAAGUAUGGUUCUCAGUGCAAGAUAAAACAGAACGGAAACAGACUGCAGCAGAGAACCCCAGAGGCCUCACUGAAGUGGAAAAACCCUGAAUAGUUAUUUCUGCCUGUAUGUCUUCCUUCCUUGACAAGAGGAAACUGAGAAAAAAAAGUAGCUGUCUAACAGGCACGUCUAAUUACCAGACAUAUCAAUGCCCAUUUACCAAGGACUCCCUUCUCUUGUAUGGCUAUAGAAAGUUAUUUUUUUCUGUCUGAAUGCAGUCCCCUAGGAAUCAUCUGUUGAGGAGACUGCAUGUCAGCAGUGAGUAAGACCAAAGCCAGAGGAAUCAUCUUCUGGGUAGUGAAAAUAAAAGGCUUGGAAGGUAGAACUUGAUCAUGUAUACAGCAAAAGCCUCCUAGAUGCAUGGGGAUUUCCUAACACGCUCUGAAAUGCUGAAGAGGAAAUUUCGUCAGUGUCAUAUUCUACGUUUCAAGUUUCUCUUGGUAUUAAUUUUUACCAUUGGGACCUGGUCCCUUAUCCGAACUCACCAGAAACCAAACUAUCUGCAUCAUGAACACCUGGAGCUGAGUGAUGAAAACCCCAGUACUAAUAUAAACUGCUCCAAGAUAUUGGAGGGUGAUCCAGAGGAAAUUCAGAAAGUAAAACUGGAAUUGUUAACUAUUUCAUUUAGGAAGCGCCCAAAGCUAACUGCAAAUGACUACAUUAACAAGACAACAGAUUGUGCCUCCUUUAUUAAGAGACGGAAAUAUAUUAUGGAACCCCUGAGCAAAGAAGAAGCAGAAUUUCCCAUUGCUUAUUCGAUAGUAGUUCAUCACAAAAUUAAUAUGCUUGAAAGGCUUUUGCGAGCCAUCUAUGCACCUCAGAACUAUUACUGCAUUCAUGUUGAUAAGAAGUCCCCUGAGUCUUUCCUGGCUGCAGUUAAAGGGAUUGCUUCAUGCUUUGACAACGUUUUCAUUGCCAGCCAGUUGGAAAGUGUUGUGUAUGCCUCGUGGAGCAGAGUGCAAGCGGACCUCAACUGCAUGAAAGACCUCUACAGGAGGAGUGCGAACUGGAAGUACCUGAUCAACCUUUGUGGUAUGGAUUUCCCUAUCAAGACUAACCAGGAAAUAAUAGAGAAACUGAAGGCCCUCAAAGGUGAAAAUAGUUUGGAAACCGAGAAAAUGCCUUCAAACAAGGAGGUGCGGUGGAAGAAGCAUCAUGAAGUUAUUGAUGGUAAGGUAAAGAAUAUGGGAAUAGACAAGCAGCACCCGCCUCUCAAUACACCCAUUUUCUCUGGCAGUGCCUACUUUGUUGUUAGCAGGAAGUUUGUAGAAUAUGUAUUGGAGAACAUCAACAUCCUUGCUUUUAUAGAAUGGGCUAAAGACACAUACAGUCCUGAUGAAUACUUGUGGGCUACUCUUCAGCGAAUUCCUGAAGUUCCUGGAGCUGUCUCUGCCAGUAAUAAAUAUGAUGUCUCAGACAUGAACGCUCUGGCCAGGUUUGUUAAGUGGCAUUACUUUGAGGGGGAUGUGUCAAAGGGUGCCCCGUACCCGCCUUGCAGUGGGAUCCACAUCCGCUCAGUGUGUGUCUUUGGAGUGGGAGACUUGAACUGGAUGUUACGGAAACACCACUUCUUUGCCAACAAGUUUGACACUGACAUCGACCCCUUUGCGAUACACUGCUUGGAUGAGCAUUUGCGAGACAAAGCUCUCUAUCAACUCAGACACUGACAGGCAACAUUCUGCAUGGUACAAGCUCUCUUCUGAUAAGGAUGUCAAAGAGAUACUGAGUGCACUGUUUUUCUUCUUGCCUUAUAUUUAAAACAGGUGUUGCAAGAUUAUGUUGUUCCGUGCAUUUGGGGAUGAGCUUUCCUCCAAAAGGAUUAUCAUCAUAUUCAUUUUGUUACAAAGGGCAUUCAGCUAUGAGUUGUGGUUUCCAUAUCAAUGGGAUGGGGAAUCCUCUGGGUUUUGGUCUGGACCACAAAGGAGUUAACUGAGGUGCUAUUCCCUAUCUCCUUUGAGGUUCAGAAUAAAAUCUAGAUUACUCUUUCCCAGUAACAUGGAAGUCCACUAGCCACCUCUGCUAAAGUUUUUUUUAAAGUUAAACACUUCUUAACCUCUCCAUUUAUUUUACCUUUUAAAAGAUCUUAUCAGAGAGCCAGUCCUGGAUCCUCAUCUGUCGUGGCCACUCAGGUUCUUUUUCAUAAUGUUGAUUGAAGAGAAAGGAAGGGAGAGAUCAGGAUUGACAUUUUUUGGGAUAAAAUUUCUUAGUCUAGCAGGAAGAGAGCAAGAGAUGAAAAUUUAAUUGAGUAAAUUAGUCAUAGUUGACAAAAUCUUCAGAGCAUCCACAUGCAAUUUUGCUGGGAUGUCUUUCUAGCCAAAUAAUGUCUUUCUAGCCAAAAAGGCUCUCCAGCACUCUGUGUAGAUUUAUGUUAAAAGGAAACCACAAUUUUUAAGUAUUAAUUUUAGGAAUCAACUGCAUCGUAAAUCACAUUAUGUUAAGUUUCCAGACUGGUGUGGCAGAAGUGUUGCAGCUAAACUUUUUCUCAGGGAAAUAUCCACAUGCCUCAUUCUGUUAAGUACUUUAUUUUAUGAAAUAUAUCAGCUUUUGUAUGUUGUUCAGUAACACUCUUUGGAAUAUUUACUACGACAGCUGAAGGGAAAUUCUGACUUAGCAGUGUGAGAUCUUUCUGAGCACCUUUAAAUAUAAACUGGACAAUUCCUUUUAUUUGCAGGAGUUUGUAAGGCUAAACAGAAAAUUGAGAAUUUGUAGUUAUGUAACCCUAUUUUCUAACAUUAAACUAAAACUUUGGAAUAUCA